AUGUGGCCAUAUAAAGUUUUCUGUACAGUGGGUACCUCACUUAUUUUAAUAUCUUCAUCUUUUAUGAUUGGUUUAUUCUUUGCAUUCCAAGCUUAUGAUUUUAAUCUAUUAUUUAAUAAAAGUGCAACUCAAGAACAAUUUCAAUUGGCUUUGGAACAUUAUCAACGUUUAAACGAUAUUCCUCGUAAUUUAAUUAUUGUUAUUUGUUUCAUUUAUAGUUUAGGUUUAAUCGGUAGUGUCAUCAGAAUUUAUAAACCAAACCCAGACUUGACCUAUUUUGAAUAUGCCUCCUUGGCCUUAUAUGUUCUAGGUAUGUGUGUUUUCCUCACCAAUAUCAGAACCGGUAUUGAAUGCACUAUUACUGGCAAUUGGGGUGAAGUAACCGAAAACCAAGGUUUACAAGUUAUUGCAUCAAGUAAUAUUAUUCUAAUUGUCCUAUUUUUAGGUGUUUUAGUCUUACAAGCUGCUUUAUGGUAUACUGAAUAUGAUUUAGAAGUUAGAUUAAAGGCAUUCUAUGAAAGAGAAGCAGCAGCUCAAAGAGCAAAAUAUGCAAAGAGAGCAGAAGAUGGUGACGGUAAUAAAUCGAAACCUCAAAAGAAAGAUACCGAACCAUCUCAGAAUACCUCUGCAACUACUAGCGGUUCUAAACAAAAUACUUCUUCAACUACUAAAGCUGACUAA